AUGAUUACUAAAUAAGAAGCAAGAAAUUAGAAUUUUCUAAAUUUAAGUAACUAAAAAUAGACUGAAGCAUUUUUGAAAAAUUAAAAAAAUAAGCAAUCGCAUCUCAAGGUUCAUUUAGAUCUAAAGUGCAUUAAUUAUACUUAAAUGAAACUAUUCCUAACAAAUAGAACUGAAUUUAUCAAAUUAAACCUCCCUGCCAAUAUAAAGAAGUAAGAAAUUAAAGUGGAAUAACCUCCAUAACCUUAGCAAUGUUAAAAUCAAGUAUAAUAGCCUCAACCAUCUAAUUAAUAAUAAUUUGGUUUUGUCUAAGCUAAUUAAUUAAUGCCAAAAAAAAGAUUCUAACCACCAACUAAAAUAGGUGAAAAGAGCAAAUAAGAGCAAUUAGGAUAAAAGAAUGAAAAAUAAUCAAAUUAAACUAACUUUGAAGAUAACAUAAUUAAUAAAAUUGAGUCUGAUAUCAUAGAAAUCAUGGAUAGACCAACUCAAUGGACAGACAUAGUUGGUUUAGAUCAUGUAAGAGAUUAAGUGGUUGAAAUAGCUUUGUGGCCUUUGGAGAAUCCAAAAUUAUUCGAAGGCAUAAUAGCACCAGGCAGUGGAUUAUUGUUAUUUGGUCCUCCAGGAACAGGAAAGACUAUGAUAGGUAAGGCCAUAGCAAGUGAAGGCAAGGCUACUUUCUUUUCUAUUAAGGCUUCCACCUUAACAUCUAAAUAUGUCGGAGAAGGUGAAAAAACUGUGAGAGCCUUGUUUGCCUUGGCUGCUUAAAGAUAGCCUAGCGUAAUAUUUUUUGAUGAGAUUGAUUCACUUUUAUGUGCUAGAUCUGAGAAGGAUAAUGAAACAAGUAGAUAAAUAAAGACAGAAUUUAUGGUUUAAUUAGAAGGAGCUACCAGAGGAGGAUGUGAAAGAAUAGUUUUUAUUGGCGCUACAAAUAGACCUCAAGAAUUAGACGAUGCAAUCAAAAGGAGAUUUUAGAAAAAGAUAUAUAUUCCUUUGCCUAAUAAGGAGGGGAGACAGUCAUACUUUGAAAAUUUGAUCAUUAAAGAAGCAAAAGAAGGGAAGAGAAUUGAAAUGAAUACUUCAGAGAUGCAAACUUUGGUAGAUUUGACAAAGGGAUACUCAGGAGCUGAUAUUAGAAAUUUAAGUAGAGAAGCUUGCAUGUAUGCAAUUAGAGAUGCUGCUAAAAUGUAUACUAUUAAAAAUUUGAAAUUGGAUUAGAUAAGAGCAACUACUAUAGAGGAUUUUAAGAGAGCUCUUCAAAUUGUGAAGCCCACAGUAAAUUAAAAUGAUUUAAAAGAUUACUUGAAAUGGAAUUAACAAUUUGGAUCCUAUAAUUAUGAUGCAGAUUGUUUAGAUACUUGA